AUGAAAUUUGAAUCUGUCCUCAAAGUUUCGAGAAAGACAUUCAGUUACAUCUGUUCACUUGUAAAGGAAGAUAUGAUGACUAGCAGCUCAAACUUCAGUUAUUCAAAUGGAAAGCAGUUGUCUCUAAAUGACCAAGUUGCUGUCGCUCUUAGGAGGCUUAGCUCUGGUGAGUCCUUAGUGAGCAUCGGUGACUCAUUUGGGAUAAACCGAUCAACCGUUUCUCACAUUACCUGGAGGUUUGUGGAAGCAAUGGAAGAAAGAGGGCUGCACCAUCUUUGUUGGCCUACAAAGCUCGGUGAAAUGGAGGAGAUAAAGUCCAAGUUUGAGAAAAUCCGCGGCCUUCCAAAUUGUUGUGGUGCAAUUGACAUCACACACAUCCUGAUGACCCACCCUACACCGGGCUCACCAGAUGAUGUCUGGCUCGAUUGCGAAGAAAAAUGCAGCAUGAUCUUGCAGGCAAUCGUUGACCCAGAUAUGAGGUUCCGUAACAUUAUUACAGGAUGGCCAGGAAGUUUGAGUGAUGAGCUAGUCCUUCGGAGUUCAGGUUUUUUCAAGCUGUGUGAAGAAAGAAGUUGUUUAAACGGGAAGAAGUUGGUGCUUUCAGAAGGAACAGAAGUAAGAGAAUACAUAGUUGGAGAUUCUGGUUUUCCUCUCUUGCAAUGGCUUCUCACUCCUUACAAGGGGAGGGAGCUCUCAAACCAUCAGUGCGAGUUUAACAAGCGGCUCUCUGCGACGCAGAUGGUGGCACGCAGGGCGUUGGUGAGGCUGAAGGAGAUGUGGAAGAUAAUUCAAGGGGUGAUGUGGACGCCUGAUAAGAACAAGUUGCCAAGGAUUAUUCUGGUUUGCUGUAUUCUGCACAAUAUAGUUAUUGAUUUGGAGGAUGAGGUGCAAGAUGAAAUGCCCUUGUCUCAUCAUCAUGAUUCUGGUUACCGGCAACAAACUUGUGAAUCUGCUGACAAUACUGCCUCUCUCCUGAGAGAGAAGCUUGCUCUUUACUUGUCUGGAGAGAAGAAUCUUGCUUCAGUCUUACCUGGUUGA